UUGUAAUAUUUUUUUAAAAUAUAGAAUUAGUAUUGAGUAUUUCAAAAAGGUUAAAACUAAUACUAUAAACAACCCUAUAUUUGAAAACUAAAAAUUGCAAUUUUCUCUUCUUUUCUUUUUUUACUUGAGAAGAAAACACUGCUAAAAAUCUGAAUUGAUUUUCCCAUGUUCAUAUUCUAGUUUUAACAGUUUGAUUCUCAGCGGAAAAUGGAAGCUUCAGUUCUCCUAAUCCGCCCGCUCUCGGCCUACAUCCAGCAGGAGCUCUCCAAACGAUACAUCCUCUUCAAAUUCUGGCAAGAGCCGCCGCAUCUCCGCCGCGAGUUCCUCCGGAAACACUCUAACUCCAUCAGGGCGGUGGUGGCGAACGGCGCGCAAGGCCCCGAUGCUGAGAUGAUUGACUUGCUGCCGCUUCUGGAGAUCGUCGCGAGUCACAGCUCCGGCCUCGACAAAAUUGAUUUGGACAAGUGCAGGGAGAGGGGCAUAACAGUAACCUACACUCCAGAUGCUCUGACGGACGAGGUGGCGGACAUGGCGAUUUUGCUGACAUUGGCGACGAUGCGGCGGAUUUGUGAGGCGGAUCAAUAUGUAAGGAGGAGUGAGUGGAAGAACGUUGACUUCAAGUUGACGACAAAGUUCAGUGGCAAAGCAGUGGGGAUCAUUGGAUUGGGCAGGAUUGGCUCUGCCAUAGCUAAGAGAGCUGAAGCUUUUGGCUGUUCAAUCGGUUACCACUCUCGUUCCCAAAAACCAAAUUCAAGAUACAAAUACUAUACAUCUGUUGUUGACUUGGCUUCGGACUCUCAAAUUCUUAUCAUAGCAUGUGCAUUAACACACGAAACUCGCCACAUUGUCAACCGGGAUGUCAUUGAUGCAUUGGGUAAAAAUGGAGUUGUUGUUAACAUUGCAAGAGGCUCCCACAUAGAUGAAGCUGAGUUGAUUUCUGCACUUGCUGAAGGCCGGUUGGGAGGAGCUGGGCUAGAUGUGCUGGAAAAUGAGCCGGAAGCACCAACUCAACUUCUUGGGCUUGAUAAUGUUGUCCUCUCACCUCAUGUGGGCGCCAGCACGGUUGAAACUCGCAAGGUGUUGGCAGACCUCGUUGUUCAAGCCCUAGAUGCGCAUUUUUCGGGCAAACCACUGCCAACUCCAGUUAUUUGAUAUUGGUGUGGGGGUUUCCCAGGGACUGUUUCUCAGCUGCACCUAUUGUGUGGUAGAUUGUGUAGUAGAAUUUGUAGGUAAAACUGUUUCCCUUGUUAUUUCAGUAGUCGAUUCUUGCUGCAAACACUCGUUAUUGUUCUUAUGAUAAGCACUUAUCAGCAAUGAUCAUCACUAUCUGUCAUCACAGAUCGAAAUGCAUGUUUAGUUCGAUGAACAAUGUGAUCCUACAUUAUAAUUUCAAACUUAUUUUAUCGUUGGUCA